AUGAAGACAUCUUUUUUCCUCAGCUGCAUCACAGUUGCGGCCACAGUCGCUGCUGCUCCUGUCCCUGGAACCGACGCUGUUGCUAGCUACGAAUGGAAGAAAGACACCCAGAGCACUGAUGGCGUUGCCAGUUACCAGUGGAAGAAGGAUACUCAGAACACCGAUGGUGUUGCUAGCUACCAAUGGAAGAAAGAUACCGAGAGCACUGAUGGCGUUGCCAGUUACCAGUGGAAGAAGGAUACUGAGAGCACUGAUGGCGUUGCCAGCUACCAAUGGAAGAAGGACACCCAGAGCACCGAUGGUGUUGCUAGCUACGAAUGGAAGAAGGAUACCGAGAACACUGAUGGCGUUGCCAGUUACCAGUGGAAGAAAGACACCCAGAGCACGGACGGCGUUGCAAGCUAUGAAUGGAAAAAGGAGUAA